GCAAACAAAACGUCGCGAAUUCGUCGGCGUGCGCGCAUUCGUCGAGCGCUCCCGACCGCGCUCAACUUUAGCGCUGGUGAAUUUUUUCGUAAGUCGCUUGUGCGCGGUUCUAUCGCGUUUGCGGUGCGCGGCGCGUUUAGUCGCAAGAAGAAGUCCUUCGUCGGCAGGUGAGGCGCGAGACGAGAUAACGACCACGCGGUCGCGGACAAAUGUCGUGAAUCGUGGACGAUCAUAAACCAAGCGUGCGGUAUCAGUGCGUAUCAUCUCUCAUGGGUUAAUAAAAUUCGUGCGCGCGCGCCGCAAACAAAAGGUUUAAUCGACGACGACGACAACGGCGAAUAACAACUUUAACGAUUGAUAAAUAAUCGACCAUUGGCCAAACAACCACUAGUUUUACACACAUUCAAUUUUAUUUAGCAGAAACUAACGUCCAAAACGACUCUCAAUGAAAUGAUGCGAUUAUUUCGACGACGAUGCUCCGACCCCAACCCCCAAUUAGUGAGUUUAUCACCCCUCACCGACGGAUACGAAGACCAGACACAAAAUGCCCAACCCACGCAUCCGGCACCAGUGAUAACCUCACAAAUCACUCCGGUUCAUUCCAGGGAUGCAUCACCAAAAUCUAGUCGUGCAACAUGGAGUAAACGCGUCGGUGAGAAAUGGGACAAACUCAAACGUGCAGACUCUUCGGAAUUAUUAACAAACACACCAACGAGAAGAAAACAAUACACACAAACACCAACAAGUAAUCCAGUAUCACCUGUGGUGCAAGAAAAACGCAUUUCAAGAGUAGAAUCUUUACGAAAUCUAAUCCAACGUGUUGGAGAUAAAUUUUCAGACACAGAAACGGAUAAUGAAGGCUCACAAUGUAAAUUUUUCGCGAAAGAAUCUGGAAAACGCACGUUACGACACAAGAAAAAGUUUAGAUCCACCGCGGAUAAUCUAGCAUUGACUGAAGAACAACUUCUGAAUUAUUUAUCGAUAAUUAAACCGAAUAAACAAGAAUUAAUCGAUAUGUUAUCAGAUUUAAAUCAUGAACAAGAUAAAGAGUUGCGGGAACGCGAAAGUCGUGAUAAAAAAAUGUCCAAGUCGAAAGCUUUUUCGAUUCUGCAUGAUGCACAGAAAGGCACUCCUAGAUUAGGUAAAAAAUUCCGUGGAGUCCGAAAUAUGUUCAUGCGAUCUUCUUCAAAAUCAGACGAUGAAGUUGAUUACAAACGAAAUUCCGCAACCAGUGUUACAAGCCUUUCAGAAUUAAUAAAACAAUCACGAAAAAGUCUUUCCAACAUAGAAAUAUCUUCAGUUUUGAAUUCGUUGUUGAUUAAAAGCGAUGAAAGUGGUUAUGGAAGUGAUUCGACCCGAACCGGCUUGGAUUCACCGCGAGGUUCGAUAAAAUCUGAACUUUCCGAACACAGUCCGGAUAUCCGAGAAGAAGCUAAUUGCACUGCAAAUAUUAACACUCCGAUUGAUACUAAUGACAUUACGAUUACGAACGAUACGAAUGUGACCAAUGGACAGCAGACACCCGCACAGGCGACAUUAUCAACGACUCCGAAGAGAUUUAACACUUACGAAGACGAUACUGAUACAGCCGAAGACGACGACGACGAGGAUCAUCAUUCCACGUUGAAGAUGCAACGAUUGGCGGUGCACAGGGGUUCCGGUACUACACCGAAACGACCCAGGUCAACGAGUGGAGAUUUUGAUACUAUGUUAUCAAGAAGAAAAGCGUCGAAGAUUUUCGGGAAUAGUAAAGAGUAUUCACCUGCGAAUGUUGAAAAACAUGUGAAUAGGGAUUUUAUGAAGGAAGCCAAAGAAAAAGAAAAACAAGAAGAUAAAAAGUUAAGUUAUACUGAAUUAAGUCAUACUUUCACCGAAAAAUUAGACCAGCUUAGUUUAAAACCGGAAAAUCAAGUUUCAUCUCCCGAGAAACGCGCCCCUAUCCUCGAAAAAGAAUAUAAAUGCGUCAGACUACGUUUGGAUCCAUCCGAAGUGAUAGGAAUCGAAAUUCAAGUGAAAAACCCAGCGGAUUAUUUAAAAUCUUACGUUGUUAGUGAGAUACUUCCUGCUUCAGCUGCAGAAAGAAAUGGAAAUAUUUUCAUUGGCGAUGAAGUAGUAAAAGUAAAUGGCACACGUCUGCGUGGAUCUACGCUAGAUCAAGCAACUUCCUCACUGCGUGCACAAAAUGGCGAACUGGAGAUUGUAAUAAGUCGCUUCAAACCAAGCGAAAGGAAAGUCUCGACUGUUUCGGACACGUGCGGCAACCGUUUUGCUCAACCCUACUCACCCUCGUAUUCAAAAUACACUGCCAAUGUGUCUGACUUCCAAGAAUACGUCCCGCACGUCCGAAAAACCAGUCCAAGUCAUAAAUACUCCCUGAAUAAACACCCGAGUAAUCCUGUUAUUAGUCCGGUUACAAAAACUAGUCAUAACCACAAUUUUCCACAUCAAAAUAAUCAAAAUGGCGUCGAGACACGGGUGACUUUCACAGACGGUUAUGCAACGUCGACAAAGCCGAAUAAUUUCAAAGUACCCACUGUAAGAUCCCCGCAUUCGUCAUCAGCAAGUCAAUUAGGUAUUGGAAAUAAUGGAAAUUUUAAAAUUCCCGCCAGUCCGAAGAAACUUACCGGAAUGCGGAAGUUCUCCUGUUCGAAUUUGGAGAACUACGGAAGUAGGAGGUGUAGUAUUGCUGUACCGAUCCCUGCAGCGCGUAAAACUCAGCAGGUUUACUCUGCGACAUUCAGAAAAGGUCCCGGGAUGAAAUCUUUAGGGUUUUCUAUUGUUGGAGGGAUUGAUUCACCACGUGGACCGAUGGGGAUCUUCAUCAAAACUAUUUUCCCGCAGGGACAAGCUGCUGAAUCAGCAAUAUUACAAGAAGGAGAUGAGAUUUUAUCGAUAAACGAUGCACCUCUUGAUAAUAUGACCCACAAUCAAGCGAUUGUGAUGUUUAAGAACAUCAAGAGUGGCGAUGUGGUGCUGGAAAUCGCGAGGAGGAACAACUACCAAAGAAGGGCAAUUAAAUCCCGAUCAUGUGAUGCGUUGGAUAUGUUUGACUGAGCAAGAAUUUAUUUAGUUUGUAAUCUAUAUGAAUUUACAAUAAUAAUUUGACGAUUGUGAAUCAACCACGACUAGUAAUUAAAUAAAACCGAGUUUACUAAUGUUGUACACUGGUCAGAGUGACUAAAUGCAAUAAAACUUGAACGAUUGAUUGAUA